AUGCCAUCAUCUUCGCAGAAAAACGUGUCAACAGUGUUAGUCAGGAAUGGAACGGGAAAUUCGUGUGAAACACAACAAAUUCUAUUUUUGAAUCAGUGUCGGAAGGUGAGUAAUUAUCGAUUUUUUGGGGUGUUGUGGGGGGAAAAUUUGUUGAAUUUUAUAGCGAAAAACUUCAUAUUUCAGCUGAAAAUCGUGAAAAACAGAGUUUCCUUGAAAAAUAUCGAUUUUUCAUGUGAAAAUGGGAUAGGGUUGUUUUUUUGAGCAAAACUUGAUUUUUUGAUGGAAAAUUCACCAAUUUUUUAUGUAAAAAAGAUUUGUUUUCAAUUAUUAUUAAGAAAUCAAUAAAAAUACCAAAUCUGAUAAUAUUUUUGGUCAAAGCUUCCUUAAAUUAUCAAAUUACAGUCAAACAAUCGAUAUUUUGCAGGUUUUCAUUCAACGCGAUUAUUCACAAGGACUCGAUGUUCGUUUCGAAACCGAUUUUCCAUCUCGUUUAACCGAAAUGAUAAGUCGCGAAGUUUGGGAAAACACAAUUCAUCGAAUCAAUAAAAUAUUCGAAGAAGCCGAAUCAAUAAAUGCCACAACAAUUUUCGAGACAAUUUUGGGAUGUUUCUCGUGUUAUUGUUCUCGUUUAGUCACAAAAUCAUUAUAUGAAAAGAAAUUGAUUGAAUUGAAAGAGUUUUUGAGGCGAGAAAAUGAGGAGAUUUAUCAUCGAGCUGGAUUGCAUAUUAUGAAUCCGAUGGAACGAGGAUUGAGAGUUGUGAGUUGACCGAUUUUGUUAUAUAUUUGACGCAAAAUCACCUGAAUUUGGCGGUAAAAAUUCAAAAAUUUUGGUGCCAGAAGUUUCACGUUUUUUAAUUUAAAAAAAAUCUCACUGUUUCAAAUUUUUUAAAUAAGAUAUUUCUCAUAUUUUUGGCAAUAAUUGUUCAUUUUUUACGCAUUCAACAAUAUUGUUCAUAAAAGAAAAUUUUGCAAGCUAAAUAGAUUCCAAUUUAUUGAAAAUAAACAGUAAUUCUGAAUGUUUUAUUUUAGCUUUAAAAAUCCGUUAAAUUUCGAAAAAAAAUUCUGAAAAAUUUCACUGUUUCAAACAUUUUUUAUACGAAUUUUCUCAAAUUUUCUUCGAUAACUGGUCUUUAAUAUCCCUAUUCAAAAAUGUUGUUCAAAAGUUUUUGUGAACUUAAUAGUUCCCAAAGAUAAAGUAAUCCUGAGUUUAUCAUUUUUAGCUUCAAAAAAUCCGUGAAAAUUCGAAAAGUAAUUCUUUUAAAAAUUCACUGUUUCAAAAUUUUCUUGAAAUAUUUUUCUCACAGUUUUGGUGUUUAUAUUGUUGUUGUUCAGAGAAAAAUUUUUGAAAAAAUUUGCAAGCUACAGAUAUAAAAAUCACCUUGUUUCAAAAAGGAAAUAUUCCUGAAUUUUUAGCCCUGAAAUUUGGAACUUUAAAAAAGUAUGAAAAAAUUUCACAGUCCUAUAUGUUAAAAUUUCUGCUGAUUGUUUAUUGUUAAACUUUUCUUCCAGAAUUCAGAAAAAUUUAGAGUACAGUAAUCCUGAAUUUUUAAACAUAUAAAUAAUCCCCGUUAAAAUUCGAAAAAAAUUCUGAGAAAUCUCACUGUUUCAAAAAUUUCUCAUAAGAUUUUUGUCAUAUUUUUGGCGAUACGCCUUUUUCUUCUCCAUUUUAAAGAAUUUCAAAUUUCAAGCAAAAAAUUGGAGUUUUACCAAAAUUCUGAAAACAUUUCACUGUUUCAAAAUGUUUAUAUUUCUAUUGAUUUUCUGUUGUUUUAUUGCAUCUAUAAAUUUAAAGUAAUUCCAGAAUUUUUUGCGCCAAAAAAAUUAUUUGAAAAAUUCACUGUUUCAAAGUGUUCAUAUAAUUAUUUUAGAUAAUACAAUAUUAAUACACUCAGAUCAAUUAUGUUUCUGAACUUUGUGACCAAAAAAUCCCAAAACAAAUUCUGAUAAAAAUUAACUGUUUCAACAAUUUUUAUAUCCCAGCUUUCCAGCCAAAAAAAUCAAUGUUUUUUCUAUUUGCAGAUUGAAAUCUCAUUGCUCAACACAAUUGAAGAACCCCUAAAUCGAAAUGAUGGAAAUAGUUUAGCCGUUAAUAAUAUUCAAGGACCAGCCGGAUCAAUUCGAACAAUGUAA